UUGUGUAAAUAAAAUAAACACAGACAGUUUACUUUUAUCGCCUACAAAUAAAGCCUUGUGAAUAAUACAACCUCACAUUUUGUGGUCUUUUGAUUCAUACGAAACCAACAAUAAAUCAUACCAAAUUACGGGCCUAUUAUCCUUUCAGUUUUAAAACUUUUUUAUUCCCCUGAAAAGAGAGAAAAACAAAUCUGUUCAAAGAGGCUACCUCUGCGUGAAUUAGUCACUAGAAGUUCAAAAUAAACCAAGAAACUGCUUUGAUUGGUCGAUAUGGCUGCAAGCAAGAAAAUAUUCGCGUACUGUUGACAAUAACACCUUCAGCAUAAGGUGGCACAGUCAUCAGAAGUUUUAAUAUACAGAACUCAGUCAGACCGACAACGUACGUUUUCAGUGAUCUAUCACGAACUCCCAAAAUGCGCGUGUUAUUUGCAGCUUGUUUGAGCACCAACCUGCUCGUACUCAUGGCCGUUAUAUCAUCCGCCGGCGAAGGGCGCCAAAUCUUUGUCUCUUGGUAAGGGCAUCAAAACACCAAAGCAUCAGGCAAAACUCUACGCCGACAAAAUGAUGGUGUGUAACCUGAUUCAGGAUUCGCAUGUUAACGAAGCUAUUACCAAGUUGGAAGCGAAACUUGAAACUCUGAUUGCGUUAGUCAACAAAACCAGUGACAAAACUCAUAUUCCACAACGACCGCAACCAACACCAGCCGCUCCCGUGUUUUCUUGUAAGGAACAGUAUGACAAACACAAGUCGACAAAGAGUCAAGUGAUUCCACUGAUGUUUAGUUCCCAGAAGGUUCCUGUGUACUGUCACAUGGGAAACUUUGGAUGUGGAGAUGGAGGAUGGACGCUGGCCAUGAAGAUCGAUGGCAACAAGAAAACAUUUCAUUACAAUUCUCACUUUUGGAGCGACAGAAAUGGCUAUAAUCUUGCAGGAGGAAGGACUGGGUUUGAUUUCCAAGAAACCAAGUUACCGACCUACUGGAACACACCCUUCUCCAAGAUCUGCCUCGGUAUGAAGAUCGGCCAUCAGAUCAACUUCAUUGUCAUCAACAAGCAGGCCAACUCUCUGUACUCACUGAUCGCUGACGGCAAAUACCGCGCCACCUCACUGGGCCGUAAUACGUGGAAGACGUUGGUUGGUUCACAGGCCUCCUUGCAGCUUAACUGUAACAAGGAAGGCUUCAAUGCUGUGGUUUUGACCACAAAUUCUGAAACAAGAAUUGGCAUCAUUGGCAAUGAGCAAAAUGACUGCAACAGCUGUGAUUCCAGAAUCGGAUUUGUUACAGGCGGGUAUCCUGAUGACUCCAACACGUGAGGAAACGGGGCAAAACACUCAGCAGAUAAUGGAGACAAACACAUCAAAUCCAUGGGAUACAUUUUGGUGCUGUGAGAAGAACUUUUCCUCGCCUUUAAGGCCAUUCAAAGCAAAACAAAAGUAUCUCCUGACAGAAAAGCUCUUAAGUCAUCUUAACUGCUUAGUAAAGCCCUUCGAUUUUUGUCAACAGAUUUUAAAAUAAAAAGAGUGUUGUAAAACAAACAAAAAAGUUGGUGGUGGGAAUAAAUGUUUCUGUCUUA